UGACACAUUUUGUCUAUCUGACUGUCUGUGUAUCCAUCUAUUAGCAGUCUAUGCACCUAUGAGAACAAAGAGAUACUGUAUGGGGCAUAUAAGCCAAGCAAAUACACGCAUUUAUAAACUACAGCACACGCGCACACACACACAUACACACACACACACGCAGACGCAUGCAUAGCCAAAAUUGUAUGCAAAGCAAGCAUGCACUGAAAAACCGCCACUAAACACAGACCUGUUAAUCAGUAACAUCUAAAAAGUCCCCUCACUUUCAGAGUAACAAAACACACACACUGAACACACAUGAGAUGCUGCGUGUGACUUUCUCGAGUGACACUGCCAAAGUAAAUUAAUUUAUUUUUCGUAGUCAAAUGAUGAGGUCACAUAUUCACUGAAAACCAAAUGACACAUGAAUAAAUUACAUAAUAUUGACCACACAUGGACGGUCCUUCUUUACUAUGUAGAUUAUACUUCUAAGGCAGGAGUUUUAUUCAGGUAACUGUCACUACUUGUUCUGGUAUGAUGCAUUUGCAAUAAGAAUGUAGAGGAAAGUAACUAUGUACAUUUAUUCAAGUGCUCUGCCUUGGUAUGUAUAUAUGUUUUCUGCAUUUCAGAGGGAAAUAUACCUUUUCCUCAACUGCAUUUUCAACAGUUGUACUAGCGAGUUACCUUGCAGAUUAAGAUUUUACAUAUAAACUUGUGAUCAUCUUAUAGAAUAUGAUGCUGUAUUAGACCAAACUAUCCACCAGUAAAUAAUGUACUUUAAUUUACCUUACAACAUCAAAAGGCUGCUUAUGCAUUCAUGCAUCAGUAACAUUACGGAUCUGGCCAUUUUGCAUAAUAAGUGCUUGUUUCGUUUGAUACAGUACAUUUUGCUGAUAAUACAUCUGUACUUCAGAGUUAUAACUCAGCAGUAUGUAUUCACCACUGGCAAUACCGAGCACACCUGUUGUGUGAAAUAUGUGACACGGCUCAUUCAGGAGUCCUCUCCUCUCAGUCUACUGGGCCACAUUUAUCAGUGAGAAAGAAGGAUUUUCACUGACUGAUGAAAUACAGAUGGUGUCUCCAUGGAGUGCACGCCUGUUGUUGUGUGUGCACACAGAUGCGCACACAUGCUUGCAUAUAAAAAGCAUCUGGUCAGUGCUUUUUUUGGUCAUUUGAAGCCAAGAGCUGAAAGCGGCGAUAGACUAUGUGAACAACAAAUUUGAGAUUAUGUUGGAUUCUACUCUGCUGUGGGAUUUGUUGCACCUGUCCACAGUCUUCAAGGAAACCUGCCCAAUCAAACUUCACAGCCUCUCUGUCCUCCCUGCUCGCCAUCCUCAGCGAUGGCCGAAUGGAGUUGGGUGGUUUACACGGUGCUCGAGGUGCUGAUUGCUGUGGCCUGCUGCCUUGGCAACGUGUUGGUGGUGUGUGCGGUGUGUGUUGGUAUCCGGGAUUCCCUUCGGGAGCCAACUUUCUGCUUCCUGGUUUCCUUGGCGGUGGCUGACUUCCUCGUGGGCGUGGCUGCUGUUCCCCUGGCUGUAAUUUUGGAUGGCUGGGUGAGUCUGACCUCUGACCUGUGCCUGCUUCUCAGCUGCGUCGUGCUCGUGCUGACGCAGGCCUCUGUGCUGUCGCUGUUGGCUAUCGCUGUGGACCGAUACCUGCGGUUACACAUUCCACUCAGAUACAAAACACUGGCCACACAAAGGCGCACAUGGUUUUCUGUGUCUGUGUGCUGGAUACUUUCCUGUCUGCUGGGGUUCACCCCUCUGUUUGGCUGGCACAACUACUCCUCUCUAACAUCUGUUUCCACCAACACAUCAUCCUCUACUAUCACCUCUCCACCAUGCACCUUCCUCUCUGUUAUUUCCCUCCCCUUCAUGGUCUACUUCAACUUCCUGGGAUGUGUCAUGGCGCCCCUGCUGGUCAUGAUGCUCCUCUACGCUCGAAUCUUCUGGAGCCUGCAAGGUCGCCUAAAAGAGAGCUGUCCUCAAGCCCAGGCCUCUCUGCUCAGGGAGAAGAGGCUGGCCUGCUCCCUGGCUCUGGUUCUCAUUCUGUUUGCCAGCUGCUGGAUUCCUCUGCACCUGAUGAACUGUCUGCUGCUGUUUCACGGUCCUCAAGCUGUCACACAAGGGACACUCUAUACAGGUAUUCUCCUAUCUCAUUCCAACUCAGCCAUCAACCCUGUGGUCUACGCCUACCGCAUCCCAAAGAUCCAGCAGGCCUACGGUCAAAUUUGGAGACGAAUUCUGCUGAAGCUAAACUGUUGCCAUGGGGACAAGCGAGUUCGGCGAUCAAUAACAAGCAACCGAGCCAGUCACACAGAGGUGUGUGAAUCAAGAGGGAAGACAACGCCCUAAUGAAAGGACCACAGGGUCAUUUUAAGUGAAGUGUGUUUGUUGGAGGUUUGAGUUCAUGGGAUGCUCACAUGAGAAAAGAGACUACCAGUCUCCAACAAUCAUUUAAGGCACAGAAAACCAUGUAGAAAUGCAGGCAGCUUGUGAUUGUUUGAAUUUGUAAAAUCCCCACUGGUAGUGUUUGUGUUGAAUGGAACCCUGCGUACUCCGGUCCACCGUGGCUUCCAGUUUCCUAUCGCCUGAUCUGCAAACUUUGUUCUAGUUGAAGCAAUCUCCUGUGUCUCCACUAGAGGGUACUCUACACUAACAAACUCAACAGCUGCUGUUGUACACAAACCAGGAAACCAGCAAAAUGCAGUAUGUGAGAUCAGGAACAGACAAUUUCAAAACCUCAUUCACUGAUUUUUGGACAACUGAUUUGAAGCAAGUAUAUCUUUAUUGAGAUGUACAUAUAUUUAAGCAAGUCAUGUGACAGGUUAAAUCAAUUCAACACUAAUCCUUUGCAGCACAUGUGUACCUGAUCCUUUUUUUGAUAAUAAAAGUGAUACUCAGCCAUGA